AUGUCCAGCAAGAUGUCCAGCGGCAGUGACAUAGGCCAAGCACGUCGGGCAGUGGAGCAGCUGCGGAUGGAGGCUGGCAUUGAUCGUGUCCAGGUGAGGGCUCGAGCCUGGGAGAGGAUGGGGAGGGGGAGGGGAUGGCUCUGGGUAUCCAAGGCAGCAGGGGAACUCUUGCAAUACUGUGUGGAACAUGCCAAGAGCGACCCAUUCCUCAUGGGCAUCCCAGCUGCCGUCAACCCCUUCAAGGAGAAGAAGCCAUGCACCAUCCUGUGACCCCCCCCCCUCCCCACCAAAGGAACACUUGUGUCUUUAGACACUCCCAUCCUGAGAUCCCACCGCUCUAAUUCCCCAUUCAACACUCCUAUCAAGAGAUUCCUCAUCUUCCUGUCCCAAGAUGCCCCUGCCCAGCAGGUCCCUCUGGCCUGAGAUAUAAGCCACUCCACAGCACCUCAUUCCCCAACACCCGGGUCCCCCAUGUCACCCUGUGACACGCCCCCCCCCCCGCCCUGCCAAGAGCAAGAGAUCCCCUUGAUCUCCUCUCCUUGCCCUUCAAUUCCAAAGGGUCUGAGAGCCACAGGAAAAUGAGGGUCAAGCCUUAUUAAAGUCCUCAGCUCCAUGUGUGAGUUUGAGUUCCUGUCUGGGAAGGAGAACCAAGAACUCCUCUGCCCUCCCAAAG